AUGCCAGAACCUCUCGUGCCUCUCCAACCUGAGUUUACAGAGAGUAUCGUCAAAGACAAGGAAGCCGAAGUCGCUGCACUCAAAGAUAAUGCCACUCCAAAGUCUCCUUCUGCGAAAAAGACGACUCCGGCUUCUGGCAAGAAGCGCAAGGCUGAAUUGUCCCUCGAUGAAGACAUUGCUGCAAACAAGGCAGACUUGAACGAUGCCAUCGAGCACGCCUCCUUUGAGAACGAUAGACUUCCCAGCUGCAAUGUCAUCCGCACCAAGUUGAACAAGCUCUUUGACUCGGGUGUCAUGAACAAGGCUGAGUUCUGCAGAGCCACCGACCCCUUUGGCGGAUCUAAUAGUGCUGUUUGGCGUAAUGCAUAUGUAUGGUUUCAACAGCGUAAAGUUAUGGGUCUCAAAAUGCCAGAUGCCAAGAAACGCCAACUCGAGGAGAGUAAGAAGGACAAUGUCGACGGAACUCCCUCCGACGCGGCAGCUACAAAAGCCCUCCCUGAUAUCAGUGAGAUCCACCUUGAAGGUGAGGAAACAGGUGAGGUUCCCAUCCACGAUGGCUACAAUGAGAUGCACCGCAAAAUGAACGCACACAUGAAAGUAACCAGCGUGACCCAAGCGCAAUUCUGCAGAGAUAUUUACGCACAGUUCAACGCACCCACGUGCAAAGGUAUCCAGUCAAAGCAACUUUCAGACGUUCGAAAUGAUGUUUAUUCAUCCUGGGGACAUUCCGAGAGAUCGUGGUGA